GGGGCGGAGCCAGAGGCGCUUAAAGGGGCAGCGCCCUGGGAAAGGCUCGAUGCUGCCACCUAAAGGAAGGUGGAGGUCGGGACGGCGCUGUAGGGAUCCACGAUGAGCUUGGCGCACCGCACCAUCAUGGCCAGGAGGAAGAGGCACAUGAGGACCACGAAGGCCACGGCAAAGCCCUUGUCCAGGUCGACGGCCGGCGGUGCCGUGGCGUUCUCCAUGCGGGCGGCCCUCAGGACCCCUCACUCCCAGCUGCAUUAGGUGCAACGAGCUUGGCUGACCUCCGGCAAGACAGACGCUGGCUGGGAUGGGAAGCAGGACAGGAGGAAAAACCACCGAAAUGGCAUCAGAUGUUUCCUCGCUGGGUGCAGCCGUCGGCUCUGGGAACCCUGGACCGGGUGCACAAGCUGGAGGAGCCAUUGUUCAGAGACCCAGCAAGAGGCGUCCUGGGCUUGAUUUUGAUGAUGAUGGAGAAGGGAACAGUAAAUUCCUCAGAUGCGAUGAUGAUCCGAUGCCAAAUGAUAAAGAGAGAUUUGCCAGGUCUGAUGAUGAACAGAGUUCAGCGGAUAAGGAGAGACUUGCCAGGGAAAAUCACAGCGAGAUUGAACGUAGGCGAAGGAACAAGAUGACUGCCUACAUCACGGAGCUGUCCGACAUGGUGCCCACCUGCAGUGCCCUGGCCCGCAAACCGGACAAGCUCACCAUCUUGCGCAUGGCUGUCUCUCACAUGAAGUCCCUGCGUGGCACAGGCAAUACCUCCACUGACGGCACCUACAAACCCUCCUUUCUCACCGACCAGGAACUCAAACACCUGAUCCUAGAGGCAGCCGACGGCUUUCUGUUCAUCGUGUCCUGUGAGACCGGGAGGGUGGUCUAUGUCUCCGAUUCGGUGACUCCUGUCCUGAACCAGCCCCAGUCCGAGUGGUUUGGCAGCACCCUCUAUGACCAGGUGCACCCAGAUGACGUGGGCAAGCUGAGGGAGCAGCUCUCCACAUCAGAGAAUGCACUGACAGAAGGAACCAAACCCUGGUGCCUUUCUAACAAGGAUCCUGCAGCCCCCCCUGAGAAUGCAUCUAAAGGUCGCAUCCUAGAUUUGAAGACGGGCACUGUCAAGAAGGAAGGCCAGCAGUCCAUGAGGAUGUGUAUGGGCUCACGGAGAUCUUUCAUCUGCCGAAUGAGGUGUGGCAACAGCUCGGUGGAUCCGGUCUCUGUAAACCGUCUCAGCUUUAUGAGGAAUCGCUGCAGGAAUGGCUUAGGUGCUGCAAAAGAUGGCGAACCUCACUACGUUGUGGUGCACUGCACGGGUUACAUAAAAGCCUGGCCCCCCGCAGGUGUUUCACUGCCUGAUGAUGACCCGGACGCUGGCCAGGGCAGCAAGUUUUGCCUCGUGGCUAUUGGCAGGCUCCAGGUCACCAGCUCACCCAACUGCACAGACAUGAACAAUGUUUGUCAGCCAACAGAGUUCAUCUCCCGACACAACACCGAAGGCAUUUUUACCUUCAUAGAUCACCGAUGUGUGGCUACGGUUGGCUACCAGCCACAGGAACUUCUGGGGAAGGACAUUGUGGAUUUCUGCCACCCGGAAGACCAACAGCUUUUGCGGGACAGCUUUCAGCAGGUGGUGAAGUUAAAAGGCCAGGUUCUGUCAGUCAUGUUCCGAUUCCGAUCCAAAAACCGGGAAUGGCUCUGGAUGAGAACCAGCUCCUUUACCUUCCAGAACCCCUACUCGGAUGAAAUUGAGUACAUCAUCUGUACCAACACCAACGUCAAGAACUCGAACCAGGAGUCUCGGCCUGCCCUGUCAAACUCAAUGCAGAGGCCCCAGCUGGGGCAGAGUGUCAGCCUUCCCCUGGAGAUGGGCACGGCACAGCUGCCCUCAAGGCAGCAGCAGCCUCCACAACAGACAGAGCUGGAAGUGGUCCCAGGAAGAGAGAGCCUGUCUGGUUACGACCACUCACAGGUUCCCGUUCAGCCUGUGACUGCUGCCGGCCCAGAGCACAGCAAGCCCUUGGAGAAGGCAGAGAGCCUUUUUAAUCAGGAGCGGGACCCCAGGUUCAGCGAAAUCUACAGCAGUAUCAGCACAGACCAGAACAAAGCCAUUCCCGCCAGCACAGUGCCUGCCAACCAGCCCCUCUUUACGCAGGGAAACACUUUCACCCCAGCACGACCUGCCGAGAACUUCAGGAGCAGCAGCAUGGUGCCUCCUGUGAACAUUAUUCAGCAGCAGCCCUCAUCAGCGGGCCGGAUCUUGGCACAGAUUUCACGCCACUCCAACCCAGCUCAGGUCAGCGGAACCAGCUGGGCUGCAGGGACACGGCCGGCGUUCACACCCCAGCAAGUGGCAUCCCAGACGGUGAAGACUCGGCCCUCUUCCUUCAGCAUGGGGACUUUCCAAGGCACCCCGUCCUCCUUCAGCCCCAUGACAGCACCUGGCUCUACGGCUUCUCCUACGGGGGCUGCUUACCCAAACCUCGCCAGCCGUGGCACGGGCUUCACCGCGGAGGCAGCGCAGACCCCGGCCCCGUUCCAGACGCGGGCGACCGAAGGCGUGGGGAUGUGGCCACAGUGGCAAGGACAGCACCACGGCCCGGCGUCCGGGGAGCAACACGUGCAGCAGCCGCAGCCAAGCCAGCCUGAGGUCUUCUCAGACAUGCUGACAAUGCUGGGAGACCAAGGACCCAACUACAACAAUGAAGAGUUCCCAGAGUUGAAUAUAUUCCCUUCUUUUUCAGAAUAAAAUAAGCCCUAAGGGGGGGGAAGCAAAUUAUAGCUCUAUAUAAUAUCCACGUGUAAAGGAAAACACCUAAGUCUUUUUUUUCAAAGACUGCUGAACUUUCUGGACCCUUCCCGCCUUCCGGAGGCGAAGCUCUGCCUGACGGCCCGGAGGAGGGACGGUGGCCCGGCAGGAGGAUGUCGUGGGUUUGGGCACCUCCUCGGUGGGGGGCUCCUCGCCCGGAGGCUUCAGGACUGGAGUGCUGCGCCAGCAGCCGCGCUCACCGACCGGAGGCCCCGUGUUCCCGGAGCCGCUCGCCGGCGGUUCUCGCCCGGCACGCUGGGUCGCUUGGAGGGAUUCCCGUCUGGGUUGCAGACGGCCCCUCCGAACUCGUAAGGUGGCUUUGACUUGUUUGUAUUUCAGCCUUCUAUACCGUGACUCUUUUUCUAUAAAACACAAAGUAUUGUAACUUUUCAAAUAUCGGAAGGAACUCUUCCCAGCGUUCCCCCCCCCCCGUGUGAGGCGGGUCUGGAGGGCGCUCGUGUAAGAAUCCUUGUCGUAAGGCGGCUUUCUCGGUGGCGGGAGCCUGGCUGCCUCUGGAGGGUUGUGUUCGUGUCCCUGGCCCGAGGUGCUUUGUUUAGAGGUUCCCACGCCGGCGUGUGUUUGGAGGCCGAUCUCUUCUGUGAACUGUGCCGUGAACACGGGCCUCUGGCCGCUGAGACCGAGGAACCGCCUCGGGGCCCAGUCAGCCGUCCGAGCGGCGGGAUAAUUACAAGCCGUAACAAUAUUAUCUACGUAGCUUUGUUCGAGGCAUCAGCUUUGUGGCUGAUGGUUUCUGUGCUGCCGUGAACCAGUGCUUCAACAGGCUUUUUGUCAGCUUAUGAUGGGGGG